AUGGACUUUUUACAACAGGCGCCCCCGUCUGUGCAGGACCUCUUGCGCGCUGGAGAGCCGUUCAUCCCGUUUUCCGAGUAUUCUGUUCAGGACAUCACUCAUCUGUCAGAAGACGAAACCACAAAAUGGGUGGAGACAAAACUCCGCGAUGGGAAGCCAUUUGUUAUACGUGGCUUCUCUCGACUGAAAGAAUGGGACAGGUCGGUUCUGAACAAUGAGAGACUAGGCAGCCUCUCUUCCUCAGCAGCGAUACCGGUAAGAAACUGCCACACCGGGCGAGAUGCGAAAAUGCGGCUCCAGGAUCUCCUUUCGCAGACAGAAUAUGCUCGUACCGGCAAUGUCCGAGAGUUUUUGUACGCAAAAGACCUCCAGUGCCCACAGGAAUGGAUCAAGGCAUUAGAUGCAUUUCUUCCUUCAGCUAUGAGACAUCUUGGGUCUCUUGACUUAUUCCGGACGUUGCCAAAGGAGAUAGCGCCGGAGGUGCUGAUGGCGUAUGUUGGGACUCGGAAAUCUUCAUGUUUUAGCGGAACAGUUGCGCUGAAUCUAUUAGUUGAAUCAGAAGGUGCUGGCCCUGGGUCCAUCUGCUUUGGCACCGAUAAACACUCACAGGCCGUAUACGAUACAUAUAUGGAGAGAUUGGGAAAGUCUCCCCAUACCGAUUGGACCGACGUUUCUACUACCCAGCUCAAGUCCGCCAAUUUUCCUAUAUACAUUACCCAUCAGCAACCUGGAGACUUGGUAAUAUUUCCUUCAGCUACUGCCCAUCAAAUUUGGAAUAUCAGUCCGAUGGUUACUAAGGUAGUCUGGAAUGUUAUGCAUAGCUCUUCGCUUGUCUCUUUCUUCGACUACAUCCAGCCAUUCUACCAGCGAUACUGCCAUGCAGACACUGGCCGAGUCCCUCUAAUCCCGUUACAUGCCUUAAUCCGAGGUUCUCUAGGAACUGAGGACGAAGCUCUUCUCCUGGACGUCUUUCUAAAAUUGCUGGAUGAUGAAGCUAUUGAGACUGACUCGGUCCCUCCAAUGAAGACCGUGGAUACCCAGGGGGCCGUGGUAGAAUGUAAUUUCUGCGGCUUGACAAUAUGGAAUCGGCAUCUGCACUGCGAGCAGUGCGGCGACUUUGACUUAUGUCUGACGUGCUUUAUCUCUGGACGCAGCUGCAAACACGUUGCUGACUAUACAUGGGCCGAACUCAUUCCGCGCGCCUACUGCAUGGAGGUUAUUCAGUCGACUCGGAACAGACUGCGUGGUCGAUUACUCUCCCGAAUCAAACAUCCAAAGCAAAAGUCUCUGGGCGCCUUGGCUGCUGCCGCGGCAGAUGCACGGAAACAACCGAUGAUGAUCCAUGGCAAAGACAAGCCUGUGCGGUCUCGGAUCAAGUCGAUUGAUCCUCGCGGUCGAAUCAUGGGGUUCACCGACAACGUAUUCGACCAAAAACGAGGCAAAAGAGCUAGUAUGGCUACUCAUAGCGCAUCCCUCCCGCCUGAAGUGCCUUCCCGGGCACAUAAACGACCGAGAACCCAGGUUAGUGAUGAAGAGGCGGAACUACCACGACAGCAGGAGGACUAUAGUACUUUCACAAAUCGUGGUAUGGUACAGUCGCAAAGUACAGAGGAUACUAUACACUCAAGCGCUCGUCCCUAUGUCAUGUCUUCACGGAGUAUAGGCCCGAAAGGGCAGCUCCGUAUCAGUGAUCUCGUUGAGGAACAUAGCCCUGCUGAAGCUGAGCCUUCCUUUCAGGCUCCCUUCAGGCACGCAUCUCCUCUACUUUCCCUGACGCCAGGAGAUGGCGCAUUCCGACGGCCGGCCAAUGAGCCGAGUGUUCCAGCCACUACAGAUGAAGCCAGUAUCUCUUUUCUUGAAAGGAAAUUGGAAGAGCUCCGUCGAUAUGCCGAUGAACUUCUGGAUCUUUCCCUGGUGGACUCACAUGCGAAGGUUCAGGAGAAAAUCAGUCAGUUGCAGGGUCAGAUUGAAGAGCGCAAGCGACGGAAAGCGGAGGCGCUGUUCGACAGCCUCGAUCGGGAUUUCCCAGAACUUGCCACCGUUGCGAGAGAGGAAGCGCGAAGACGGGGAUUGUAA